GUCGUCCCGUGACCACCUUCGAGUGACUGUCUACUCUGCUGCUUGUCCUGUCACGGUUCUAGAGCUACACAAUGGCCACUCAAGGAAUCACCUUCGCCGCCCUCCUCCUCGCCCUGGCCGCCCUCACGCACGCAGCCGACACCACCCACAAAGACGACGCACGACUUUUCUACGACGACGGCAACUACUCCGUCAUCGUCGGCUACGAGUGCCUCUUCCUCAUCGGGGUCCUGUUAUUGGGCCUGCUCUUGCUCCCGUCUUUUCUGGGGCUCUUGGAGACACCGGCUCAGCCCUACGCCUACGCCCCCGCUACCGGUUACGGUGCCUCUGCCCGAGCCUACGAUGAGAGGACCACCUUCUCUGUCAGGCAAUUAAUUGAUGAUGCUCUAAACAAGUUCCAGUAGAGACCGCGAGCUUAAAUGAGCAUUAUUCAAUAAUCAUAUAUGCAGGCAGAAGAAAAACUGGUGCUAUGAUAACUAUUCAGCAUCACCAAAACCGUUCAACUUUUUCCUCCUAGUCAAAAGAGAAACCAGUGAAACCAGUGGUUGAUUUGUAAAUCGUUUGUUUACCAUAUAGUUUUUAUUUAUUUUAUAAUGUAAAUAAAUUGUUUUCUUUAUGCAUG